GAAGAGCCGCUGUCAAUAGUGGCAAAGAAGAAGAAAUAUUCGCGUCAGUAAUGGCGGUGAUGUGGAUGCGAAAAUAAACAACACAGGUCGCAAUAAGAUGCUGACGUGAUUUUCGUGACUUCUUUAAUGUCACUGAUGGUCGUCUGAGGUCUGCCUGUCACAGAAACACAGUGGCGUCGUGUUUUGGCCGUUAACGAUGCCGCUGGGUUUGAAACCAUGCUGUGCUGUGUGCAAGACCAACUCAUCGUCGAUGUGGAAGAAAGGAAACCAGGGAGAGAUCCUCUGCAACAACUGCACAGGAAAGAGCAGCAGCGGCGGAGCAUCAGGACCCUCCAUUUCCUCCAACAUUCAGCCCAGCAAUGGCGGUGGAAAGCAGUCCAAACAGGAGAUCCACAGGAGGUCUGCACGGCUGAGAAGCACCAAAUACAAAGCUCCUGCAUCUGAGAAGAAGGUGUCAACAAAAGGAAAGGGGAGAAGACACAUAUUCAAACUCAAAAAUCCAAUCAAAGCACCAGAAUCUGUUGCAACAAUCAUCACGUCAGAAUCUGUAUUUUAUAAGGGUGUAUACUACCAGACAGGGGAUGUGAUCAAAGUAACAGAUGAGGACGACGGGAAGCCGUACUAUGCUCAGAUUCGAGGCUUUGUGCAGGACCAGUACUGUGAAAAGAGCGCUGCACUGACCUGGCUGAUCCCCACCCAAGCCAGCCCAAAGGACCAGUUUGAUCCCGGGACAUACAUUGUUGGUCCAGAGGAGGAUCUGCCCAGAAAGAUGGAGUACCUGGAGUUUGUGUGCCACGCCCCCUCUGAAUAUUUCAAGUCACGGAGCUCUCCGUUCCCCACCAUCCCCAUCCGACCAGAAAAGGGCUACAUCUGGACCCACAUAGGACCCACACCGGCCCUCACUGUCAAAGAGUCUGUCAGUGGCAGCAGUUGACGUAGCUGAUAUACGGACUUAGUCUGUUGCUCUUAAACAGAUGUGUGUAUAUUUAUGUAAUAUAAUCAAAACAAAAAUGGUUGUUGACCACAGCCGUUCUGUCAGAUUGAAGACAUGUUGUAAUUUGAUACAGAAGGAAACCAGGUGUAACUGCAUUUCAAACAAGCUGUUCACACAGCUGCGACAUUAAAUAUGACUUUUGUAUUUUAUAAUAAACAGAAAAGUUCUUUUUCUACCAUCA